AUUGUCGCGUCAGGCAGCGCGUUGGACGGAUCAGCAGGUCGAACAGGAUGGAUUUUCUUUACGGCCCGGUGGGUCUGGGGGUCGUGGCCGGUCUAGGCUGCGGGAUCCUCCUCGGAUGGCACCUCAGGUCUCGCUUCGUCCCAUCCUCCAAAAACCUGAUGGCGGCGAUGGGGAACGGCGCCAGCGAAGCCAGCGUGAUGGGAGAAGGAGGAGAGUUCAAGAUGAUCCUGGUGGUCCGAAACGACCUGAAGAUGGGCAAAGGGAAGGUGGCGGCUCAGUGCUCCCACGCCGCCGUGUCGGCCUACAAACAGGUCCAGCGCAGGAACCCGGAGCUGCUGAAGCAGUGGGAGUACUGCGGUCAGCCCAAGGUGGUGGUCAAAGCCCCCGACGAGGAGACCCUCAUCGAGCUCCUGGGUCACGCCAAAGAGGUGGGGCUUCCUGUCAGUCUGAUCCAGGACGCGGGGAGGACGCAGAUCGCACCCGGGUCUCGCACCGUGCUGGGGGUCGGUCCAGGACCGGCGGAUCUGAUCGACAGGGUCACUGGAGACCUGAAGCUCUACUAGACCUCCAUCUGACCUGAGACUCAAACAAACCAUCGCUGUG